AUGUCGGCCUGCUCCCGCAAUGUGAACCAACGACGCGCGAAGCGAUCGCGCAAGCCAUUUGUCCCGGCAUUGGCAGUGUGUUUGGCAGCGGGAGCCCUUGGGCAAUCCUGGAUUUCGCCGGCGUUGCCACAUCCUUGCAAGGCCAGGCAUCAAAUGGCCGGCAGCUCUCCGGCGCCACAAGCUCCCCAGACUUUGCGGACCUCGCGCAUACCGAGGAAGGCUGCUGGCAAGGAGCUGGACACAGAUGCAGUGGGGAAGUAUGCUCUGUCCAUCGCGGUCCAGCUGCUGGGAAUUACAACCUUUUUCGCAGCCAUUGAUUCGGCUGUGAAGUCUUCGGGCGUCGAGCUGCCUGACUGGGCAGUCUUUGCCCUUUUCUUUGGCAUGAGCUUGCGCUCGAGAAUCUUUUCGCCCUUGGACAACUCCCGACCUGACAUUCAGAAGGCUAGCCAGGGGCAGGCCACAGGAGGCUUCAAUGAUCGAACCAUGCCCAGUUGGACGCCUCCAGGCUUCUUCUUUCCCAUCAUGUGGAUACUCAUUGUGGCACCCCUUCGUGCAGCAUCUUCCAUGAUGAUCUGGCAGCAGGCUGGACACCUGUGCGAUGCUACGAUCUUGGUGCUUAUGCUUCACCUGUGCGUUGGGGACACGUGGAAUACUGUGAACAACGUGGAGCGGCGAUUAGGUGCCGCGGUGCCAGGUGUUCUUUGCGUUUGGGCAUCUGCACUGGCCGCAAGCUAUGCAUAUUAUCAGGUAGAACCCUUUGCUGGGCAGCUGCUCCUGCCCACAUGCCUCUGGCUGACGGUAGCAGCGGCCUUAGUGACUGACACAUGGCGCGUGAACAACACGUCUGGUACAGAGCCGCUCUUUCCCUACAGAGGCGCAACUCAAACUAGGUUCUGGUUUUCCACUGAGUGA